AUGAUUGCUAAAGCUGCUUGGGUUCGGAUCACAAGAGGAAAACAAGAUAUAUGUAGGCUAUCAAAAUUACCGUUGCCAGAACAACGCCGGUGUUGUGAAAAGUCAGAGCUGUUGAAGAUAAGCGCUCGUGAAUGUGCUGCGCCCAGAUUAAGUCAGGGGCUAGACCUGCAGCAAACGGUUACACGCACGUACACGCGCACGUUUGCGCACCUGCCCCCUUGCAGCGGUGCCACCUCCAGCGUGCGUGAGCUGAAGCUGCCCUCAUACAAAGGCCAGUCUCCUCAGUUGCACCUAAGAAGAUACUUUGCAGAUCUGAUUGCCAUCGUGAGCAAUCGUUUCAGGCUCUGUCCCGCUGCGCGACAUCUAGCUGUGUAUCUGCUGGACCUCUUCAUGGAUCGUUACGACAUAUCCAUUCAGCAGCUGCAUGUGGUUGCUCUUUCCUGUCUACUUUUAGCAAGUAAAUUUGAAGAAAAGGAAGACAGUGUUCCCAAACUUGAACAGUUGAACAGCUUGGGUUGUAUGACUAACAUGAACCUGGUACUAACCAAACAGAACUUACUUCAUAUGGAGUUGUUGUUGCUAGAAACAUUUCAGUGGAAUUUGUGCCUCCCAACUGCUGCUCAUUUCAUCGACUAUUAUCUUUCUAUUGCUGUACACGAGACUGAUCUACAUGAUGGCUGGCCAAUGGUUUGCUUAGAGAAGACCAAGUUAUAUAUGGCAAAAUAUGCCGAUUACUUUCUGGAAGUAUCACUGCAAGAUCAUGCAUUUUUAAGUUAUGCCCCUUCUUUAGUUGCUACUGCAUGUGUAGCUUCUUCCAGGAUUAUCUUGCGUCUCUCACCAACAUGGCCUACUCGACUACAUCAUCUUACUGCAUAUUCCUGGGAUUUUUUAGUGCCAUGUAUUGAACGACUAUUAAUUGCGCAUGAUAAUGAUGUGAAGGAAGCAAACAAGCAGAAAGGACAACAUGCUCAGGCUGCUCAGCAUCCUGGCUUCCAGCCCCAAGCGCCAAGCCCCCAGCAGACGAGUGUUCAGCACCAUAUUCCACAGUAUCUCCAGGCUCAUCAGCCUUCAUUACAGUAUCACCAGCAAACAUCACAGCAACAAAACUGUCAACAGAUGAUAUCAGCAAAUCAUACAUCAUCCUACCCGCUUCAGACUUGCCCUGCUGCCUUGCAGGCUGGUGCUCAGGCUCGAGGCCACGUUCCGGCUGCCGCUGCUGUGUCGCUCGCUGUUCCGCUAGAGGUGAAGCCCUGUGUCAGCGUCUCCUACAACCGCAGCUACCAAGCGAACGGACGAUACUCCUGUAUUACUCCCUGCUUUGAGAGGUGAUAAGUAUACAAUCAGUUUCAUGUUCGUUGGUUUGGGGUGGGAAGCUGUGUUGAGGGGAAUUGUUUUUGGUUUUGUUAAACCUCAAUUAAGUCUGAGGGCAGUAAGUUGGAAAAAAAAUAGUGCCUUUCCAGGAAAGGGCAACUGGAAUGGCAACCAGUACCUUAGCUCAGAUAC